GGCAGAAUUCAUUCAUCUCCAUUCCCCAGUUCCUAACACGAUGACAAAUUCUCAUGAACUAAUAAUACAAAAGCCUCAAGACCAAUGUAAAUUUUCCUCUUUUACUCAUUCACGGCUCAAAUUUUACUGACCGUAUUGCACAAUGAUCAUGUUACCCAGAAAAAUCUUGAUUUGGGUUCACUUGUUUCUGCUCAUAUGCCCCAACUUGUUUCUACUUUCGAAUUCUAAGCUGGAUUCAUAUAGCUAUUUGGCAGCUAAGAAAAAAAGGAUGAGUGAAAAAGUCCGGAAAAUGUAUGUUCUAUCUGAUUUGCAACCCUUUUUUCUGUUUCUGGCUAGAUGACAAUGUGUAUGUCAACAAAGUUUUAGCUAUGUUUUUGGCUCUGCUGACAGCUGUUUGUUUCAGGAGUUUGGAGAAAUGUUGUACUGACUGACGAAGUUAUCUUGCUGAAAUGUGUUAAGAUUUCAAAAUUGAGUUAUCUGUUUGUGGCUGGAAGAGUUUAUGAAAUCGGGGAAUUGAUAUGCUUGCCCUUAUUUCUGUAUAGUUCAACCUUACUUUGAGACUAGAAUUGAUUUUUGUUAUAGUUCUUUAAUGCACCUUUUAUCUUGAAGUUUUAGGAUUUUCUUCUGUACAUAGAUAAAUUUUGCACAACCCCCAAAGUUUAUUUUAUUUUUUUUUAUCUUUUUCUUUUGUGUACUUCUGUGCAUUUCAUGUACAACUCAGUUCCUGUUUAUAUAAUUAAGAACAAUUCAGAUUGGCAAAUAUCAAAAUAAUUCAAGUUAGACUCCUUAUCAAGAAAUUCUGAUUUUGUUGAGGGUUUGAUUGAUUCGUUGAUCUGAAUUUAUGUGUUCGAACCCUUUCAUUUUAGGGUGAUAAAUUUUUUAGUAUGAUGUGUCUAAUGAUUGCCAUACUCUGGUAUGAUCAGAUUAGUGUGUCUUGCAUUACUGGUUUAGAAUUCAAUGUGGAACUAUGCACCUAUGGGUAUUAGGGUUUAUAAUGAGUUGCCACAAAUUAGAGGAUUCGCUUGAGGGAAAAAAAGCAAAGUAGCAAUCUUCUUUGAAAGAAAUUUAUUUUAUUUGCCGUUGAACUCCUUAGGAAUUUAUGGUGGCUUAAGUGAUACGUGUAUAAGCUGUUUCCUUGCUUUUUAUCCCUUGGUGUCAGGGGACAGAGAAAACAGGAUGCUUUAUAGUUUGAUCAGCGAAAUUUUCAAAUAGUGAUUGUGAACCAGCAAAGGUGGAUUUCCUUUCCCGCGGAAAGAUGCCAUAUCAUUGUUUUACCAUGCGUAUGACAACUAUAUGAUGCACGCAUUUCCACAUGAUGAGCUGAAGCCUCUGACAAAAGAGUUCACUGAUUCUCUAACUGAGCUAGGAAAUUUAAAGCUUGAACAUCAACCAGAACAUUAUAAUGGAUCUGCCCUCUCUCUAAUAGAAUCACUAUCCAGCCUCGUCAUCCUGGGUAACUUCACCGAAUUUGAGAAAGGAGUUAGUUGGCUAUCUGAAAAUCUAACAUUUGAUGUAGAUGCGAGGAUAAACCUUUUUGAGUGCAACAUAAGAGUUCUUGGAGGACUUGUUUCUGCUCAUAUACUUGCCACUGAUUCUACAAACAGGUUGGUUCAAGGAACUUAUAAGAAUCAGCUCCUUGAUCUGGCUGAGGAUUUGGGGAGACGUUUUUUGAGAGCUUUUGAUACCCCAACAGGACUACCUUAUGCUUGGAUCAAUUUGAAGUAUGGUGUAAUGGAGAAUGAGACUACAGAAACAAGCACUUCUGGAUGUGGUUCUUUAAUCCUUGAAAUGGGGGCAUUAUCACGUUUAACUGGUGAUCCAAGGUUCGAAUAUGCUGCUUUACGAGCUCUGCGCAAGUUGUGGAGUAUGCGAAGCUCCUUAAAUCUUCUUGGAACCACACUGGAUGUAGUAACCGGAGAAUGGAUAGAAUAUUCAGCUGGAAUAGGAGCUGGGGUGGAUUCAUUCUACGAGUACCUUAUCAAAGCUUACAUUCUUUUUGGGAGGGAUGAAUUCUGGAGGAUGUUUCAAUCUGCUUACAUUGCUGUUCAGAAAUACUUUAGAUACGGCCCAUGGUAUCAUGAAGCUGACAUGAGAACAGGAAAGCCAACUUAUUGGCAGCUUACCAGUCUGCAAGCAUUUUGGCCUGGCCUGCAGGUGCUAGUUGGCGACGUUCCUGCUGCUAAUUUGUCUCAUCGUGAGUUCUAUCAUAUCUGGAACAAAUUCGGUGUACUGCCAGAAAGAUACCUGCUCGAUCAUCAGAUGUUGCAUCCUACUGAAAAGUACUAUCCUUUGCGUCCUGAAUUGGUGGAAUCCACAUUUUACCUAUAUCAAGCAACAAAAGAUCCCUGGUACAUUGAAGUGGGCGAAUCAAUCAUGGAUUCUCUAAAUUUGUACACUAAAGUUGAAGGUGGAUAUGCCAGCAUAAGGGAUGUAACAACUAUGCAGUUAGAAGAUCAUCAACAUAGUUUUUUCCUUUCUGAAACCUGCAAGUAUCUGUAUCUUCUUUUCGAUGGCACAUUUUUGGUCAAUCAUAAUUACAUUUUUACAACUGAGGGUCAUCCCCUGCCUAUCUUGAGCUCAUGGCAAGAGAGAUUUCCAGACACUUAUAAUUCAAACAACUGGACAUCAACAAAGUAUGAAAAGCAAGUGAAACGAUUAAGUGCAAUGUCAAUGCAAGUUUGUCCAGCUACAACACUAAACCAUGGGCAAGAUGAACGGGUUGAGAGUGCUUGUCAUGUCCUAGAUUCCCGUGCUGACCAUAGGUGCUUUGAUGAUGAUGACUGUGGUGUUGAUUCAAGUAAUUGCAGACGAAGAUCCUGCAGUAUGGCUGGCUACUGUGGUCAAUGGUUGGUUACAUGAAAAUAACAAGUUUAAGACAUCAUCUUCUUUUGCUGUCAUUCAAUGAAUGGGCAGUGUUUGGUUGACACUAAAGCUUUGCUUAUCCCAAGUCUCACAAGCAACAAAUGCGAGCUAACUAUUACAAUUGACGAGAGACACAGAGAUGAUAGAAGAGUACAUAAACUGAUAUACAUACAGGCAAAGAUUCUGUAAACUUAGAACAGAGAAGUUUUGUAACAUCUCAUGGCCAGCAGAAAGUUGAUUCUUAGGGCUUAACGUUUCUUUCUCAAAUUAUAAAAUUGAUCAAAUAUAGAUUAUUGAAAAUAUGUUCACUUUUUCUACGGCUUGGCAAUGCUUUUAGUCUAAUUGUACCAUUAUGAAAACUUCUGCGAAGAAUUCAAUUCAGUAUAAACAUGGAUGAGGACACUAAAAGUUCACGAGGUUUACUGUAGCAUUAGUUUUGAUUAAAGUCAUCCAUGUUUGGAAAAGUUGACUAGAUUUUGAAUUGGCAACCUAGUUUCGAAGUUCACUAAUUCAGUGUCCUCC